AUGCAGCACAUUGCCAAGGAGGGACGCUGCUUCGUCGUCUCGGUUAAUUCCGUGUGCAAAGUGUCCGACUUUCCAGCCGACUACCCGCCGUUCACGGCCGAAGACCCGGACCGGCGACCGGAUGGAGAGCAGUGGGAGGCGGAUGACAUUGUCAACCACGGCGGCUCAUGCAUUGUCGGACCGCUGGGCACAUUCCUCGCCGAGCCCGUGUGGGACAAGGAGACCAUCAUCUAUGCCGACCUCAGGAUGGCAGACCUCACCGAGUCCAAGCUCGACUUUGACCCGGUCGGCAGUUACUCCCGGCCCGAUGUCUUGUAA